GUGGACAAAAGUGGCCUUCCCUUACAAGGCACUCGACUGCUCGAGCAACGUAAGAGGGAAACGAGAGGGAUAAGAACGUCUUUAGAAAAGUUGAUCCCGCUUUGAACGAAGCCCCCAUAUCCUGGAAGCCCCCCCCGAUCACAGCUUUGGUGGGUAACUGUAUAAACAUCGGAAACCCUUAUUUUAAAUCUCAAGCAUUCAUUAAAUUCAACCCAGACCUCCUCAAUCUUAACGCCCCUUCCCCUCAUUUACUCGAUUUCUGAAUACCAGGUAUAAAUCUAACGAAAAAGCCCUUAAUUUGAAGUCCCGGCCACCUCGAUCUCUUUCAGGCUACAAGCAGUAAAGAUUGUACUAGAAGAAAAGAUUGGCCGGGCUUCAUAUAUUAUUUUUGUUAGUUGUGAGAUGGCAGAGAAGUCAUGUAUCAAGCGCCUCCAGAAGGAAUAUAGAGCACUUUGUAAAGAACCGGUUUCCCAUGUUGUCGCCCGUCCUUCCCCAAAUGACAUUCUUGAGUGGCAUUAUGUGCUGGAGGGAAGUGAAGGAACACCUUUUGCAGGUGGAUAUUACUACGGAAAGAUCAAGUUUCCAUCGGAAUAUCCCUAUAAGCCACCAGGAAUUAGCAUGACCACUCCUAAUGGCCGUUUCAUGACGCAAAAGAAAAUAUGCUUAUCAAUGAGCGAUUUUCAUCCUGAAAGUUGGAAUCCAAUGUGGUCUGUAUCAAGCAUACUCACAGGGCUUCUUUCAUUCAUGAUGGACAACAGUCCUACCACUGGUAGUGUGAACACUACUGUUGCUGAGAAGCAGCGUCUAGCAAAGGCUUCCCUUGUUUUUAAUUGUAAGAACCCCACAUUUAGGAAAUUGUUUCCUGAGUACGUGGACAAGUAUAACCAGCAGCAGCUUUCUGAGAAGCUUAGUGCGGAGCAGGUGUCACCAGAUCCAUCUCAAGAAAAUUCCACACCCAUGUUGGAACGAGUUAUUAACUCUGUGGGAGAAGAUGCGUUGAAGGACAGGAGAAUAAACAGGAAGCAGUCAUUCCCAACUUGGAUGAUGUUCUUGCUAGUUUCCAUCUUUGGCGUUACUGCUAUGCUGUUUUUUGACAGCCUGAAGAUGGCGUUUUUGCCGGAGCAUGGUGUGAACCAGUGUGUUUUGUGCUGAAAAGUUUUUGGUUUUGAUGGAUACUAAUUCAGGCCUUAAGUGUGGGGUAAACAGCGGCAAAAAAGGGUCCAGGAAUGAGUUGAUUAGCCAAGUUCUAAUUGGUUUGGAAAGUAUCCAAGACUAUAAAAAUGGCUUGGGAUGCCCUAUGUUGAAUCGGUCGGGUGGAUUGGAGCGUGCGUAGGCAACGGGAGCAAGAAUUUGAUUUGAUUUACUCAAUUGAUUAAUAAUGUCUGCAAAAACAUUAUAAUUAGUAACCACGUUGCAGUGUCUCUGAAAUCAUGAAAUUGGGUGUGUGGCAAUAAUCAUAGUUUCCUUCCGAGUAAA